AUUAGAUUGAAUAAAUAAAAUGAAAACGAGCAAUACGAAGGCGAAAAAUUAAGGAACUAGAAUCAAAUAACAGCAGUCGAGGAGUUGGGCCUGCGUGUGUGUUAUUGUGUGGAGUUUAGUGUGAGUGUUCGUGUAUGUGUUUAUAAAUAAAACGCUCAGAAGCUGCGUGCGAAAAGCAGACGCGAAGAAAAAUAAAAAAGAAUGAGCAGCGGAAAAGAAAGUGUUUUUUAGCAUACGAUACGAAAAGGAAUAUCAAUUUUUUAAAGUGCAAUCUGUCCGCAGCGAGAGCGUUUCCCAAGAGUUCAACCUGCCAAGGAGACCGAAUUGAGAGAGAGUUGCAACCUUUUGCCAGCCAGCCAGGCAACAUCCAAAAUUGUGUGCUUAAAUGGAUGCAACAUCAAUAAUCACACAAGUGUCCCGCGAUGAUGAGCAACUGAAUGUUUAUCCCAGCUAUCCGAAUGAUAAAGACGAUGUGGAACGCUUAAAGCCACAAAAGCGAGGAUUUAUCCAGUCCCUGCUCUGCUGUUGGCGACGAAAUCGAACAAAAACCAAUCAGAAUGGCACACAAAUCGAUGGCUCGACUACACCGCCACCUUUACAGGACCAACAAAGGUACCUACUACCUCAGGUUAGGCUCACCGAUAUGCACAGAAAGUGCAUGGUUAUCGACUUGGAUGAGACCCUAGUGCAUAGUAGUUUUAAGCCCAUUCCGAAUGCAGACUUCAUAGUGCCCGUGGAGAUCGAUGGAACCGUACAUCAGGUGUACGUUCUGAAGCGACCGCAUGUGGAUGAGUUUCUGCAGAAGAUGGGCGAGUUGUACGAGUGCGUUUUGUUUACAGCAUCACUAGCCAAAUAUGCAGAUCCCGUAGCAGAUCUGUUAGACAAGUGGAAUGUGUUUCGUGCAAGACUGUUUAGGGAAUCGUGCGUUUACUACAGGGGUAAUUACAUUAAGGAUCUGAAUCGAUUGGGUCGUGAUCUGCAAAAGAUUGUCAUUGUUGACAAUUCACCGGCCAGCUAUAUAUUUCAUCCAGAUAAUGCAGUUCCUGUAAAGUCUUGGUUCGACGACGUCACCGACUGUGAACUACGCGAACUGAUACCGCUCUUCGAGAAGCUAAGCAAAGUUGAUUCCGUCUAUUCGGUGCUCUGCAAUUCAAAUCAGCCGCUGAACAAUCAUCAAACGAACCAGCACCAGCUGCAGCAGCAACAGCAGCAUACACAGGAGCUGCAGCAGGCACCCAAUCAGCUACAGCAGCAGCAGCAACAACAACAGACCAUCUCUGCCACGACAGUUAUUACACAGGCAACAACACUGUCUGCCCCGACCAUGCUGCAACAACAGUCGCCCAGUCCGCCCAGCCCACAAAGCGAGCUGCUGCAAAAGACGUAACAUCAGUGGGAAUUAAUGUUUAUAAAUAUAUGAUAAACGUUUAUACAUAUUAAUACAAGACCAAGCAGGCAUAUAAGCAAGCAAACAAACAAACAAACACGCCCAUGCCCAUGCCCAUGCCCACGCCCACGCCACAACACAACACAACACACCACACCACACACGUCACUUUUCUCAGACCCUUUCUUCAGUCUCAUCUCUUAUCUCUUAUCUACCACCACCGCUCGACAUACGUAGGCUUAAGGCUUCUUUUUAUAUACAUAUAUAUAAUAUAUAUGUUUUAUAAUUUUGAUGAAAA